AUGUCCAGCAGUGGUGAUAAGGAUGACGUAAUAAUUAUCGCUCACAUCGGGGCGGGCUACUUUAAUGAAAAGCAUGCAGGCAUGCUAAAAGCCUUAGUGGCACUUUCGUUAGAGAGUGCACAAAGGGUGGAUAGUUACACCAGAAAAAUGGCAAGCGCUGAUCCGAAUCAUGCUGAAGGUAACAAUAUGGAUUGUGACGUGAAGAAAAAAGACGAUUCCAUGCGAAAUACAAGUAGCAGUCUUGAGAUAUGUUCUGAAAAGCUUCUUAGAGCAUCUAAAGUACUCGAGGAGAGCGAAUUGACAAACACAGGGUACGGUUCAUCUAUCACAGAUGAAUGCAGCGUUUUUUGUGAUUCAAGUGUAUGUGGUUACAAUAUGGAAACCAUGAAAAGAUGCCAGAACUCAAUCAUAAUGAACUCAAGCCGUUUGCCCCUUAGAGACGCGGUCUAUGGACUUCUCUACACCAAUAGGCACGUGAUGCAGUCAGAAAAUCUCGCGAUUACUCCCUCUAUUGUCAAAAUUGGUAAUAUUAAGGCAGACUUGGACCUUGUGAGUCCCAGAAUGAAACUGCUAUACAAAAAAUACAGGACCCACAUAAAACAGGACAGAAGUAUAGCAUCAGCACCAAAAAAGGAGGAUGAUGAUCAGAUGAAAACACACACGAUACAAGAUACGAUUGGUGUGAGUGUAAUAUUGCCAAACCGAUGUGCUUUAACUGGGGCUUCUUCCGGCGGAAACAUGCUUAAGCCGUCGGGCCGCGUCGGAUGUGCCGGUAUUGUUGGUGCAGGUGCUUUUUCAACAGGGAAUUCACGCUGUACGGUCACAGUAAUGUGUUCCGGAAAUGGCGAGGAUAUCAUACAAAUGGAUUUGGCAAGAUCAGUUGGUGAGUAUCUCGUGAAUAAUGUUGAUAAAGUGACCGAAAGCCCGGUAUGUGAAUUAGUAGCUAACCAUGUGUAUGAACAGUCGAAAAAGUGCGAUUUGCUCGCCGUAGAUGAUUCUGGAAACCAUGUACUAUACGUGGGCGUCGUGGGAUACAUGGAAUGGGUCGAAGAAACACGGAAAUUAAGGCUUUUCUUCUACUUUCACACGACUCCAACGAUGGUGUUUGGGGUCCGAAGUCGCGUCGAUCGACGUACAUACGAGCGAUGCCUAUUUUCUAGGGUCAGGGCGAACCGGCGGGAUGCGAGGGGGGAAUUCGCAUUGCUGUGA